AAAAAACACCGAUAUUUCCCGGUUUUGUUUUUAUCAGCAUGGCUAACAGCUGGCCGGAACACUUCUAUAAAAAUGCUGUUUCUAGAGGGACGCCAUUAGGAGUAGGACCAGGAUAUUACAUAUUCAAAUCCGGUUAAAAAUAUAAACAGAGUUGGCGGCAAAGAUGGAGUUGGCAGAGAAUAAAACGUCACCCAGCGAGGAAACUAAUCAGGAAUACAGAGUUUAUGUUAGCUCGAAGAGAAAAGUAAAUGAGCAGCUAAACAAAUAUAAAGAGGUUUUGAAGACAGCGCUGGACGGACAGACGGAGGUUACAGAGGAGACGAAGCGACUUUUACUGCAGGAGCUGCUGGCGAGCUUUGAGGCAGCUGUUCUGGUCAAUGUGUUGGUGAAUGGACAGCCUUGGGAGGAGGCACCUGAUGUUGAAGAGGAGGAUGAGGCUGUGGAUCUGGAAGGUCUCUUGGAUGAUACCAUCGUUGAGACCACCAGGAGGCGGCGUACAUACCCCAGGAAGAUCCUUCCCCAUGUGGUCCAUGCCCUCAAGGCUGAACGAAAAAUUAUGGGAUUAUAUGAGCCUGCAGUCAAACCUCAAGAGGUGGUCAAAGAUCCUGAUCAAGAGAGCAUCAUGAGCGAUUUGUCAGCAGCUGCUCCUGGGAUGGUAAAACAGGCCAUCCAGGUCAUAAAGUCGAUCAACACUCUGCAAAAGCAAGCCGAAGGCCUCUGUGAGAUCCUCAACAUGAAACCCAGUCAAGCCUCUCAAGAGGUCCACAGAGAGGUGUUGGGUUUUAACGGCCAAUCAGAUGCUCUCACGCCUCCCGCAAAUGGAGCUACAAGACACAGGCAGCCAAUCAAGAGAGCCAUAGAAGAAGCGGCAACCACAGAGGGCUAUGUGCCCCCAGCCAAGAAACCAGACUGGAUCAUGGGAGAGGACAAGCAGAAGUGACGCACCGUCUUACUGUUACCACAGGACAGUAGAGCAACACCAUGCAGGUGUGAUGUGUAAUGGACUGAGUUUUUUCCACACAGUAGCUUUUUGGCUCUACAAUAAAAAGUGAUAAUAAAAUAUA